CGCCCAGUCAUUUCUUGGACCGUUCCCUCUCCAGUCUAGCCACACUUGCGCUAACCCUCUUUUCUCCCUGGACCCUGAAAUCCACUCCCACUCCACUCGAGGACCGUCGCGAGCACAAGGAAAGAAGCGCGCGACACCAUGGCGGACAGCGCGAGCGAGAGCGACACGGACGGCGCGGGCAGCAGCAGCAGCUCCGCCACCCCGCAGUCCUCCUGCACCUCGGCGGCCGCCUCCAACACCACCACGACCACAACGAACGCCGCCACCAAAGCACAGGGCGUCGUGAUCUCCCAGUCGCGGCUGGAGGAGCUGACAAACCGACUCGCCUCGCUGCAGCAGGAGAACAAAGUGCUGAAGAUCGAGCUCGAGACGUUUAAGCUGAAGUGCAAAGCGCUGCAGGAGGAGAACCGCGACCUGCGCAAAGCUAGCGUCACCAUCCAAGCGCGGGCAGAACAAGAAGAGGAGUUCAUCUCCAACACUUUAUUUAAGAAGAUUCAGGCUCUGCAAAAGGAGAAGGAGACCCUCGCCGUCAACUAUGAGAAAGAAGAGGAGUUCCUCACCAAUGACUUGUCCAGGAAGCUCAUGCAGCUUCAGCAUGAAAAGGCAGAGCUGGAGCAGCAUUUGGAGCAAGAGCAGGAAUUCCAGGUCAAUAAACUGAUGAAGAAGAUCAAAAAACUGGAGAACGACACCAUCACCAAACAGCUCACUCUAGAGCAACUCCGGCGUGAGAAGAUUGAUCUGGAAAACACUCUGGAACAGGAGCAGGAGGCACUAGUCAACCGGCUUUGGAAGCGCAUGGACAAACUCGAGGCAGAGAAAAGGAUUCUGCAGGAGAAGCUUGACCAGCCAGUGUCAGCCCCGCCCUCUCCACGUGAAGUUUCGAUGGAGAUUGACUCUCCGGAGAACAUGAUGCGGCAUAUCCGCUUCCUGAAGAGUGAAGUGGAGAGGCUCAAACGCAGCCUUCGCACUACAGAGCUCCAGCACACAGAGAAGCGGGCUCAAUAUAUUGAGGAGGAAAGGCAGAUGAGGGAAGAGAAUAUUCGUCUUCAGAGGAAACUCCAGAGAGAAAUGGAGAGAAGGGAGGCACUGUGUAGACAGCUGUCAGAGAGCGAGAGCAGCCUUGAGAUGGACGAUGAGAGAUAUUUUAAUGAGAUGUCUGCUCAGGGACUGAGAGCUCGUACGGUGUCCAGCCCAAUCCCAUACACCCCCUCUCCCUCCUCCAGCCGCCCCAUCUCCCCUGGUUUGUCGUACGCCAGUCACACGGUUGGUUUCACCCCUCCGGCGACACUGAGCCGAGCUCCACUUCCCCACUACACGUCUCCCGGGCUACACAUCCACCCAGGGCCGUCACACGGUGUACAGAGGCCAUCCCCAAGGAGAAGCACCAGCCCAGAUAAGUUCAAGCGUCCGACGCCACCUCCAUCCCCAAACACACACUCUGGAGCACAGCACCAUCAUCCACCACCACCACCUGCACAGCCGAUGAUUCAGUCAGGCUCCUCCCACUCUGUGACAUCACAGAACCUCCCCUCUCAGCCUUAAUGCAUGCACAGUGCGGUACCUUAAACUAGGCUGCUCCAAGCUAGGCCACACUACUACCACAAUGACAACAACCCAGUGAUCCUCCACAGGGCAAAGGUUGGAAGGGAUUGGAGUGAAUAUGAAAUUAGAGUACAGUUGAACUGGGAAGUGAAAGGAAUGGUAAUGUGAAAAGGGAGAAAGUGUAGAUGCUUGGCCCAACUGACAGGUCCAUAACCAGCCCCAUGCCGUUAAAUUUUGUUAUUCUUACCAUCUUUUUUUUUUUUCUCUGUAAAGCGAUCAAGCUGGUUCGGGAAGAUCAUUCAAGAGGGUUAACUUAUGUGUAUGCCUGCAUUUUUUUUUGGGGGGGGGGGGGGGUCUUUUCCCAGCCCUCAUUUAAUCUAAUUCGUUUUAACAGAUUUACCUUUAAAUGUAAUCUAAAUUUUCCAUUUAAUAAACAACUUAACGCUCAAUUGGAUAAAUCUGUCCUCAUAUACGUGCAUUUUCACAGAAGUUGAGAGAGCUCCCAGCACAUUUGCCGUGGGUGCGGCAGUAAAACGUUUUUCUUUUGUUUUAUUGUCUGUCUGUUUGUUUUAGGUUGUUUUUGUUUGUAAAACAGAUGUGUGUGUGUGUGUGUGUGUGUGGCUUGUUGGCAGCGUGUAGAUAGUAAAGACAGACAGACUGAAAUGUACUGAAACAGCACUUGUUGCCUCUCUGUGUGUGUAUUAUAGUGGGAUUCUAGUGUUUGUGUGUGUCUGCACAGCUGUAGAGGUUUCCCACGACUGCUGGUCAGAGACCAGUCUCUCCCUGCUAGAAUCCAUACAUGACCCACUACAAAAACAAAGUCAAUACUGGUUUCUGAUCAGCAGCUCAACCUCUCUCGGAGCCCUCACUGUCAAUUCAGUGCCCUGAACACUUAUUCAGAUGGGGAAUUUUGCUUAAUGCCAGUGUCAUAUAGCACCUAAACAUGAACCGACAUGUUGAUGCAACAAAACAAGGUACUGUUGAACAAUUAACUCAAUAUGAUUAAAUGCUUGUACAAAAAAAAAAAAAAUUGUGUGUUUCAUUUUACCUAAAAUGUGUGCAAGUUAUUGAACUUUAGGUCAUAAAGCUGUCUGUUUUUUUUUUUUUAAGAUAUUGUGAGUUCGAAGGUUCUUUCUUUUAUUUUUCAGUCAGAUCCUGGGGGGAGGAUUCAGAAGUCACAAGUGAUAGUUCAUGUUUCCUGCUAUUUUGACAGCUUUUUGAGAUGAACUACAGGGUUUCUGUGAGUCCAAAAUUUUUUAUAUUAAGAAUAUUUAAUAUC